UUCGCCUUCGGCUGGAUGAAGAAGCACAAGCUGUCCUCCUUCGACGCCUCCGACGACACCAAGAACGGGAAGAAGGGACUCUACGAGAGGGUCAUCGACCUCAAGAAGAAGAACCCCAGCCUCAAGAUACUCCUGGCCGUCGGGGGAUGGUCCUUUGGCACGCAGAGGUUUAAGGAGAUGGCCUCCAACAGCUACAACAGGCGGCUCUUCAUCUUCAGCUCGCUCAACUUCUUGCGAAAGCGCAACUUCGACGGACUCGACCUCGACUGGGAGUUCCCCAGGGGUGCCGAGGACAAGAGGAACUUCGUCGAACUGCUCCGGGAAUUGCGGGAGGCGUUCGAGGCCGAAGCCAAGGAGAAGAAGCUGCCCCGGCUCUUGCUGACGGCUGCGGUGUCUGCGGGCGCCGAGAUCGUGAAGGGCGGCUACGACGUGCCCGCAGUGGCCGCCUACUUGGACUUCCUGAACGUCAUGUCGUACGACUUCCACGGCAAGUGGGAGACCAUGACCGGACACAACAGCCCGCUCUACGCUCUGACCAACGAGACCACCUGGAGGAAGCAGCUCUGCAUGGACUUCGGCGUGAAGAUGUGGGAGCGGCUGGGGGCCCCCAAGGACAAGAUCGUGGUGGGCACGGGCACUUACGGCCGGACUUUCACCCUGGCGAGCCCCAACAAGAACGGCAUGAACGCGCCUUCGUCCGGAGGAGGAGAAGCAGGACAGUUCACCAAGGAGGGAGGGUUCCUGGCAUACUACGAGGUGUGCGACAUGCUCAAGAAAGGCGCCGACUACGUCUGGGACGAGGAACAGCAAGUGCCCUAUGCGUACCUCGGAAAUCAAUGGGUGGGCUUCGACGACGAGAGAAGUAUUAGGAUAAAGAUGAACUGGAUCAAGACCAACGGCUACGCGGGAGCCAUGGUGUGGACGGUAGACAUGGACGACUUCCGCGGUCGAUGCACCACCAAAACGUGGCCCUUGAUCGGAGCCAUGGCCGAGGAAUUGUUGGGCAGGCCAAGCAGGGGGCCCAAGAACCUGCUGCCAUUCGUCAAGAAAGUACGCACCACGACCACCGAGGCGCCUGUCGUCAAGAGGAUAGACUCGCUCAACACAGCGUCGUCCAGUCUGCCUGCCAAGGACGAAGCUGCAGAACCAGACACCAACGCCCGCGUCGUCUGCUACUUCACCAACUGGUCGUCGAAGCGCAAGGGCAAGGGCCACUACGAGCCGGAGGACAUCGACACGUCGCUGUGCACGCACGUCAUCUACGCCUUCGCCAACGUGAAGGAAUACAAGAUCGCCACCACGGAAGGCGUGGACGAAGGCCAAGGAGCAGAGAAGGGCUACUGGGAGCGCAUCGUUGCCCUGAAGACAAAGAACCCGCUGCUCAAGGUCAUGCUGGGAGUCGGAGGCUGGAUGCUCGGCUCCGCUCCCUUCCGCGAGAUCACCGAGAACACCUACAGGCAGUCUCUGUUCGUUUUCAACUCUAUCGACUUCCUGAGGGAAAAGGGCUUCGACGGACUCGACGUGGACUGGGAGUUCCCACGGGGCGCCGACGACAAGAAGAAACUCACCGGGCUUAUCAAGGACCUUCGCACAGCGUUCGAUGGAGAGGCCCUGGCCUCGAAGAAACCUCGACUUCUGCUUUCAAUGGCAGCACCGGCCAGCUUUGAAGCCAUCUCCGCAGGUUACGAUGUCGAGGAGCUCAACAAGUACGUGGACAUGAUCAACAUGAUGACGUACGACUUCCACGGAGACUGGGAACGCCAGGUGGGCCACCACAGCCCCCUGUUCCCGCUGUACAGCGCCAGCAACUACCAGAAGAAGCUCACGGUGGACUACAGUGCCGCUGAGUGGGUGCGCAAGGGCGCGAGCAAGGAGAAGCUCCUGGUGGGCAUCCCGACGUACGGCCGCUCCUUCACCCUCGGCAACAACACCCUGACCGACAUCGGGGCACCGGCCACCUCGGGAGGCAAGGCCGGCAACUACACGGGCGAAACGGGCUUCCUCUCCUUCUUCGAGAUCUGCGACCUCUUGCGGUCUGGUGCCACUCUUGUUUGGGACAAUGAGCAGAUGGUGCCGUACGCCUACAAGGACGACCAGUGGGUGGGCUUCGACGACCAGAGGAGUCUCAAGCUGAAGGUCCAGUGGCUCAAGCAGGCCGGUUACGGCGGCGUGAUGGUGUGGUCGGUGGACCUGGACGACUUCAGGGGCACGUGCACGGGCCAGAACUACCCGCUGCUCACGGCCAUCAAGGAGGAGCUUAAGGGGUACAAGGUGGCCAACCUCGAGGUCGCCUCCUCAAACGUCUUCAACUCCUACGGCCAGCUCGUCGACCCGGACGAAGUGGUGUGCGAGGAAGAGGACGGCCACAUCAGCUACCACCUGGACAAGAAGGACUGCACCAUGUACUACAUGUGCGAGGGCAAGCGGCGACACCACAUGCCGUGCCCCGUCAACCUCGUGUUCAACCUCAACGAGAGUGUGUGCGACUGGCCCGAGAACGUCGAGGACUGCAAGCACGUCUCCAAGAAGACCUAG